CUUUCCAGUCCAAAGUUCACCUUCCUUGGCAGAGAAAGGGCAGCUGCUCCCUCACUGUUAAUGCAUCGUGAGCUGGAAGGGGUUGUAGGCCCUGAUUUGUCAGAUUGGUCCCAUGGUCAAGGGCAGGCAGACUUGAAGGCAGCAAAAGGAGGGGCAGAAAUGUGGAAUCCCGGUCCAGGAGGGCCAUCCCCGGGGCCAGGUGGGCACCCCCCUCACGGCCCCACCCCUCAUGGCCACAACCACCCCGGCGGUCCUCCACACGGCCCAGGAAAGGGCCCAGGAGGACCGCACGGCCCUCCUCCACCACCUGGCGGCCAUCCUCCUCCUCCUCCUCCAGGCGGCCGUCAGAAGCAUAUUCAGUAUAAGGGAUUACAUCUUUCAUGGAAUUGAGCUCAUUUAUUCAGCAAACAGCAAGCAUGUGACUGGUGUGCUCAGCUGAGUUCCUGGAUCUCUCUACUUUCAUCAGACGCAUUCAGAUGAGAACAUCUGGGUUCGAAUUCUGGAAAGCCGCUUUACCCUUGUCUGCCCCACUUUCCUUAUCUGUCAAAUGCGAGUGCUUAAAGCCCUUAUUUCAUAGCAUUGCUGUGAGGAGGAAAUGAGCUAAUAAAUAGAAAGCACUGUG